CAAACAGGAAAACAGAAAUCAACAUCAAUGGGAGAAGAAAACCAAACCUUUGUGGCAGAGUUUAUCUUUCUGGGCCUUUCACAGGACUUGCAGACCCAGAUCCUGCUAUUUACCCUUUUUCUCAUCAUUUAUCUAUUGACUGUGCUUGGAAACUUGCUCAUCAUCAUUCUCAUCCACAUGGAUUCUAGACUUCAUAUGCCCAUGUACUUUUUUCUCAGAAACCUCUCUUUCGCAGAUCUUUGCUUCUCUACUAGCAUUGUCCCUCAGGUGUUGGUUCACUUCCUGGUAAAGAGGAAGACCAUUUCCUUUUUUGGAUGCAUGACACAGAUAAUUGUCUUCCUUCUGGUUGGAUGCACAGAGUGUGCACUGUUGGCGGUGAUGUCCUAUGACAGGUAUGUGGCUGUGUGCAAGCCCCUGCACUACUCCACCAUCAUGACCCAGCAGGUGUGUCUCCAGUUAGCCAUAGGGUCCUGGGCCAGUGGGGCACUAGUGUCACUGGUGGACACCACUUUUACUUUCCAUCUUCCCUAUCGGGGACACAACAUAAUCAAUCACUACUUUUGUGAACCUCCUGCCCUCCUGAAGCUGGCUUCAGCAGACACUUACAGCACAGAAAUGGCCAUCUUUGUGAUGGGCGUGGUGAUCCUCCUGGCUCCUGUCUCCCUCAUCCUGGUCUCCUACUGGAACAUUAUCUCCACUGUGAUCCAGAUGCAGGCAGGGGAGGGGAGGCUCAAGGCUUUUUCCACCUGUGGCUCCCACCUCAUUGUUGUUGUUCUCUUCUAUGGGUCAGGAAUAUUCACCUACAUGAGGCCAAACUCUAAGACAACGAAGGAGCGGGAUAAGAUGAUAUCCAUGUUUUAUACAGUGCUGACUCCAAUGCUAAAUCCCAUAAUUUAUAGCCUAAGGAACAAGGAUGUCAAAGGGGCUCUCAGGAAACUAGCUGGAAGAAAGUCCUCUCAGAGGCAAUGA